ACAAAAAAUAUAUAUAAAAAAGGAAGAAAAAGAUGAUAAAAAUGAACAAACAACAAAUAAGAAAAUCAACAAACAGAUAAACGAAGUGCAUCAGCAGAAAGAACUUAUACUCGUCCACAAUCUUUAAAAAAUUCUUAAGUGCAAGUAAAGGCGGCGUGAGGAGGGAAAAGUAACAGUUGGAAGUGGGCGUGGCUCCAACUGGCAGCAAGGAUCAUCAAACAAGAGCUGCAGGUUUUGCUCAGUCAGUGUUAGCAGAGGAUCCAGAGUGAAUCCCCCAAAACAUUUGCACACUCUGGAUCCACUUGGAACCAGGAACAUGCACGAAACCAGGAAUGCUCUGAAAGAGGCCUUGACCUGCUACGCCUCGGCCACCCUGUGUGACAUGUCGACGGUGAGUCACUUCUGCAAAGGUAUGACCGAGUGGCGGCUGCAACGCGAGACCGAAAUCAACACCAUCAAAGACAUCAUCAUCCGAGCAGAGCUGAAGCUGGGCAGGAACAUCCUGAUGUACGUGAAGAACAAGAUGGCUGCGGAGAACAGCCAAACUGCGCUAGAGGCGGGACUAGAAUCAGUACUAAAGGACAUCUUGCUCGGCUUGGAAGAACUGGAAGCCUUCGGGAUGGCGCUGGAGAGGCUAGCCACCACCUCAUCGCUCGUUUUCCGGGACGAGGUGGUGAAACUUCCACAGGGGCUUUGCUGCUGGGAUGUGGCAGUCACCGUGGCCGCGGCACGUCGGGCUUGCCCCCUUGCCGCUGAGUUGAAGCAAGACGCCAAAGUCGUCUUCUUGCCCCAGCUGGACAACGCAGCCGUGCUGGCAUACCUUCUCGACAAACAUGUGCAGACCGCACAACAAAUGUGCCUCCUGAUGCACAAAAGCAAGGUCAACGUGGUCCCCAAAACUGGGUUGGACGUGCGAGUAGAGCUCCCUAUGGAAUUAUCUUCAGAGGACACACAGAGGAUGUUAGGCCACAUUCAAAAGUGUGACCAGAUCAGGAAUGAUGCAGACUUCCGGCUGGUGUUCCUGCUACAGGAGGACGUGUGUCACCGCUUCCUGUCUGAGUUCAGCCAGCGUCAGCCAAGGAUGCUUGAGCUCCUGGACCAGUUGGACCAGAACAUCGAGGAGCUAGUCUGGAAGAACAGGGCGGUGAAGAUUUCCAGUGUGGCGAGUAGCUCAGUGGGUGUGGUGAGCGGUGCGCUGUCAAUUGCUGGGCUGGCGCUCAUACCCCUCACAGCUGGAACCUCGCUGUCUCUUAGUAUGACCGGACUGGGUCUUGGUCUCGCCAGCUGGGCUAAUUGUGCUAUCACCUCCAUCGUGGACUACAAACUGGAGCAGAAGUCAAUGAAGAAGAUCAGUGAGGUGACUGAGAACUUCAUUGAGGACGCACGGUGUCUGGACGAUAUCGCCAGUGAGCCUCGGCAACUGGACGCCGCUGUCAGUGAAGUUCUCUGCGAGGUGCCGGAGGUUAGAAAAGUCGGAUCGGUCGCAGACGCCAACAAUUCCGUGAAGACCACGAAACGCAGCAAGGAGGUGGCCACCAGGGUGGGCAAGGUGGUGGCUGUCGGUGGGAAAGCGCUUCGGAACGUCCACAGGGCCGUGGCCGACGUCCGCAACAUGGGCAACACGGCCCUCAAGGGAUCUGUGGCUGUGUCCCGCACGGCCAGAGCCGGACUCAUUCCGUUUAAUGGAAUUUUCAUCGCCAUUGAUAUAAUCAUCAUCUGCACGAACAGUGUCGCUCUGUCCAAAGGGUGUGAAACCAAAGUGUCACGCUUCCUCAGAGCCAGGAGUGCUCUGUGGCGGGCAGAGAUGGAAUGUUGGCAGAGAAUGCAUGACUCGUUGACGCGGGGACUGGCAGGGUUUGAGGGAAACCAGGCCGUCCUCGAGGUGCCGUUUUACCGUGACGACAAACGGGACGAUAAGCAACGUUGCAUCACUCAGUAAACCCAGAAAACGUGAUCAAUUUCCCAUAGCUGAGCUAAACACACCUAGAUGAGGUGCUUAGCAGACUAUUGAAGCUAAGCACCCCCGCGACCCUUGUGAGGAUAAAGCAAAUCGGAAAAUGGGUGGAUGAAUAAUAAUAAUAAUCCUGAAACAUUUCACUAUGUAAACAAUAUAAAACUUUUCUUCCCCCAGCUGAAUGACAGGAAAAGGAUAUUUUUUUUUAAAUGAUUGAGAUGCACCCAUAGUAUUUAACCCUUCUAAAAUAAGAUUUCUAACUAGCUCCCAAGAGCGUGCGAUGCAUGUCGCAGUUCACCUCGGGCAUAAGGAGAGUUUACUGUCAGGACACUUUGAAUGUUCAAAUAUUGAAAAAUAAUGUUGACUUUUUACCCUUACGAGACGCUGUAACCGCACGGUUGACUCUCUUGUUACUCUCUGCAAACUCUUGACGACAUUUGAAAAAACAGAAAAGUUUAGGCCAAUUGGAUUUUAUUGAUUGGGAAAUUAAAUGUGUGCAUGCACGCGUGUGUGUGUGUGUGUGUGUGUGUGUGUGGAGCAGGUUGUUUUGGUCACCAGGCGCCAUCCUUCAGUUCUCUUCAUCUGGAAUUAUAAGAAAAUAUUUUCCUGUCAGCCUGCAUGGCAUCAGGUCAUCUCGUUAACUGAGUGACAUCACAGUCUCACCUUCUUCCUCCUCGUCCUCUUCAUCCUCCUCUUGAUCCUCCUCUUCGUCGGAGCUGAAGGUUCCGUCGGGCAGGCUGUAGACGCGGAUGACUUGCU